CCCCGGCGGGCGGCGUGUGACCCAGCCGAGCCGCGACCUCGGCUCUUGGCGGGCCCCGAGCGGUGGCGGGUCGGUGAGGCUGAGCGAGGAGGACCCUGAGCGGGGAGGCCUUUCCGCUUGGCCAGGCUGAGGCUAGCGAAAGAGAAGCGCCUAUAAAACAGAUUAAAAUGACAGGGAAAGAAUUUCUGGACCAUCCUAUGGAGAAAAUGAUCAAUAAUUCAAGAAGAAUCUCAGAAGCCACCUGGGAAAAGAUGUUUGAAAAACUGCCUGCACAAGAUCAAAGUUUCUUCCAAAAUGGAGGUCUCAUCCUCGCCUUCAAUUCAAGUCUCCUUGCCUUGAUAUCUAAUAACUCGUUUAGGAAGAUUCUGCACGUCACACAGGCUCGUUAUUCAACAGUUGCAGCGAUGUCCUUAAUGCCAUUCACCAUAACUACAGUUGGUUAUGAGGCCAUAGUAAAACACUCUUUGAUGACAGGCAAUUUAAACUGUGAAAUCUGUGCUAUGGUGAGAGGAAGUUUAGUAGGAGCUGUCAUAGGCUAUUUCUACCCCAUAAUUAUCGCACUGCCUCUGAAUGCAUUGCUGGCUACAAGGUACUAUACUGCUCCCUUGCCAAGCAAAGAGAAUGCAAUGCGAUUCUGGGUAGCGCUUAGCAAGCCCAUUUUCAAAAAGAUGAGGUUUGGUGCUUUCAUCCAAGUGGCACUUGGAGCAUACCUUGGCUCAAGACAUCAUGAAAUAUAUCUCAAAAUGAUCAACAUGCCUGAACCCGGAAGGGAUCCUCAGGAAAUCGGAGAAUAAAACUUAAAAGGAAGAAAACACAAAUGGGGGAAAAGAAUGAGUUCGCCUUGAGGUCCAGAGAAGCUGGGAUGACAGGCAUUUUUAAUAUGUGGCACAUCAAGAAUUAGAAUGCAUGGAAUCAUGCAACAACCUUGUUUUGAAUACGGGUAGUCCCCGACUUAACAACCACAAUUGGGACCAGAAUUUCUAAGGCAGUUCUUAAAUGAGUUGCGCCCGAUUUUACAACCAUUUCUGCCACAAUUAAGUGCACUGCUGCAGUUAAAUGAAUCAUCUGGUUAAGUGAAUCUGAAUUUCCUCAUUGACUUUGCUUGUUAGAAGCCAGCUGGGAAGGCUACGACUGUCAUAAAUGCAUACACGCCUGAAUUUUGACAAUGUGACACAGAGAUAACGCCAAUGGUUGUUAAGUGUGAGCACCGGCUAUAAGUCACUUUUUUCCAAUGCCAUGGUAACUCUGAACAGAUGCUAAAUGAAUGAUUGAAAGUUGAGAA